CCUUGCAGUACACGGUAUCCGCCGCUGGGCGGAGCCGGCUCCCCCGGGAAGAUUGAAGUUAUUGCUAAGAGGCUGGGGGCGGAGGAGGAGGUCCGGCGGUGACCGGAGGGAAAUGGCCGGGGAGCCGCUGCUGCCGGCGCAGCAGGGCGGCCACAGAAUGGAGUUGAGAAAUGGGGGACCUCAGCUGCUGGAUCCAGGGUUCCAGCAGCAACUGGAAGACUCUAGGGAGCAGCUGAAAAGAGAGAUUCAGAGAGAGCUAAAGAUAAAGGAAGGAGCUGAAAACCUGCGCAAGGUGUCCACGGACAAGAAGCACCAAAGUCACGUGGAGAGUCAGCUGAAGACUUCCAAUCGUCGCUUACAGGAGCUGCAUCGCCAGCUGCAGGAGCUGAACGGAAGGAUUGUCAUUAUGGAAAAGGACGCCAAGCAAGAUGGCACCGUCUCCCCAGACCCAUGUAUAUUUGAUCAGAGCCAGGACCCGAGGCAGCGCAGGGUAGAAGCCCUCAAAAGACAGUUACAUAUUGAGAACAAGGUUCGAAUAGGAGCAGAGAACAUCAUACAGAUGUUUUCCAGUGGUGCCUCUAAGGACCGGAAGCUUCUGGCUACUGCUCAGCAGAUGCUUCAUGACAGCCGGAUAAAGACAGAACUGCUCCGCAUGCAGAUUGUGAAGCUUACUCAGUCUCCAGGCUCCACAGCCGAUGAUCAGGACUCGGACACCCUUUCCCCACUGGAGUUACGCGUGGAGGAGCUGAGACGUCACUUGCGCGUGGAGGCUGCAGUUGCAGAGGGUGCUAAAAAUGUGGUCAAAUUACUGGGUGGCCACAAAGUCCAGGACCGCAGAGCUUUGGCCGAGGCUCAGUCAAGGCUACAUGAGUCCAGCCAGAAAAUUGAUCUCCUCCGUCUCUCCCUGGAGCGCUGCCUGUCUGAGCUCCCCUCUGGACAUCCAAAACAGUUGCUUAUCAAACAGGAUUUACAGAAUUGUCCAUCCACGGGCGGGGUGUGGGGUAAAGACCAAAACCUAGGUCAACCCCUCACCUCCCUCAUAAAACCAACUGCAUUGACAGGCACUCUGGAGAUCCAUCUUCUGGGAUGUCAGAGUCUGCUGGAAUCUGUCCCAGGACGUUCUCGGGCAACGUCAACUCAUGGGAGUCCUAAUGACACCAAGAACUUCAUGCGUUAUCGGACUGGAGGAAGUAAUUAUGGGCGUGGAGGUUCUGGGCGCUACUUGCGGUCGGAUGAGUUGUGUGGAGAGGUGAUGUGCGUCUUGAAGGUUGAUAACAAGCCAAUCACACAUACUAACUGGGGUCCGGUUCAUAACCAGUGCUGGGAUCAGAGAUUCACUAUUGAUUUGGAGCGGUCUCGUGAGAUGGAGCUAUCUGUGCAUUGGCGCGACUGGCGGGAGCUGUGUGCCAUUCGCUUCUUGCGAUUGGAGGACUUUCUCGAUAAUGAGAGGCACGGGGUGUGUCUGCAGCUGGAGCCCCAAGGGAUGCUGUUUGCUGAGAUCAUGUUCUGUAACCCUGUGAUCGAGAGGAGGGGCAAAGUACAGAGACAGCAACGCAUAUUUCCCAAACAGAAAGGAAAGGAUUUCCUUCGGGCCACCCAAAUGAACAUCAAUUUUGCAACAUGGGGGCGACUGAUGAUGAGCAUUCUACCGCCAUGCGGCACCUUGACAACACUGAGCCCGCCCCUUCCAGUUUCUAUGUCUGCAGGCUCCCAAGGAUUUUCUGAAAAUUACAGUAAUUUCCCUGCAAAAAAAUUGAUAUUCAGUGAGGACCCUUCGAUGAAGCCCCCGCCCAAACCUCCCCGGAUCUAUUUACCAUUGGGAUCUGAAAAGAUAGCAGAGCCUGCUGACUCUCCAGGCAAGGUGGCUGGUAAGUCUAUGAAGCGCAAUCAUUCGGAGGAGAGUGGGAUGCAGAACACUACUGAGCCCCAGAAACUUCAUAGAAAAAAGCUGCUUCUCCUGGAGGAUUUUGCCUGCGUGUCAGUGCUGGGCAGGGGGCAUUUCGGCAAGGUGCUUCUGGCAGAAUAUAAGGAGACAGGAAAGCUAUACGCAAUCAAAGCCCUGAAGAAGCGAGAUAUCGUUGGUAGAGACGAACUUGAAAGCCUGCAGUGUGAGAAGCAUAUCUUUGAGGUGGUGAACUCUUCUGGACACCCGUUUUUGGUGAACUUGUUUGGCUGUUUCCAGACCCCUGAACACGCGUGCUUUGUCAUGGAAUACAUGCCAGGCGGGGACCUGAUGAUGCACAUACACACCAAUGUGUUCUCUCAGCCAGCAACAAGAUUCUACUCGGCCUGUGUGAUUCUCGGCCUCCAGUUCCUGCACGAGAAAAAAAUAAUUUACAGAGACCUGAAGCUAGACAACUUACUGAUGGACGGCAAAGGCUUUGUGAAGAUUGCAGACUUUGGGCUGUGUAAAGAAGGCAUGGGAUAUGGAGACAGGACCAACACAUUCUGUGGCACACCAGAGUUCCUGGCACCUGAAGUCCUGACUGACACAUCGUACACAUACGCAGUGGACUGGUGGGGACUGGGGGUGCUUAUCUAUGAGAUGCUGGUAGGAGAGUGUCCGUUCCCUGGGGAUGAUGAAGAGGAGGUGUUUGACAGUAUUGUACAUGAAGAAGUGCGUUAUCCACGGUUCCUGUCCACUGAAGCUAUCAAUAUAAUAAGAAAGCUGCUGCGGAAAACACCAGAUCGCCGGCUGGGGGCUGGAGUAGGUGAUGCGGAGGAGAUAAAGCCGCAGCCUUUUUAUCAGGAGGUGGACUGGGAAGCUCUCUAUGCACGCAGGGUCCAGCCACCCUUUGUUCCCGUCCUGAAUGACCCUUUUGAUGUCCGGAACUUUGAUGAAGAAUUCACAGGACAGAAGCCCAUGUUGUCCCCUUCUGACGAUCCUCGCCACUUGACCUCUAUCGACCAUAAUCUCUUCCAAGAAUUUGACUUUGUCUCCAGCCUUCUUCUUGCUGGGUAACCAAUGUGGUCUGAGUAACCCAAAAUGCUAGACAAUGUGGUAAUAUUACAUGAGGCUCUCUGGUUGCCUGGCCAGAUCAUCACCAUGUUGGCAUUCGUAUAACUGUUCUGAUCACAAGGAAUGACCCUACGCGAUCUACCAAGCCCUUCAUGAGGGCACUGCAGCUGAAGGGACUCUUCUGGCAAGUUUACGUAACCUACCUCCGCCUUACGGUUUCUCCAUGUACAGGCUGCAGUACAGUGAUGUGACAAGGUCAUACUCCUUCCUCCAUGCCAAUAUUACUCUGUGCCGCUACAUGAAGACCCAAAGCACUUUCCUAUGGAGCAAGUCUGGUUACCUUCUAGCUAUCUAAGGUGACUUUGGAACUACAAUUUCCAGCAUUCCUCACCAGCCAGCAAAUAAUGAUAUCAUGACAUCUUAUGUUUAUUAGGAAGCACAACUAACCGUAUAUAGGGUCACUGCACUGGUUUCCUGUUAGAAAUAGAAGAUAUUUAUCUCUGCAUGUGUCCGUGUCUUCAAAUAAGUUACAUGUUCAGUUUCCCAUCCCAGUUGCGUAUACCGAUUUUUUUUUAAAUAGAGUAAUUUUUAUUCAACAGUGUUUUAUAUAUACAGACAUUUCAGUGUACACUGGGAAGCAUAUUGGGGUUACACGUUAUUCAAAGCAAUAUUGUCUCCAAGGAUAAACGUAUAUUUAUACUGAUACGAAUAACAAUUCCCAUUUUUACAGUUCCCGUGCAAUCUUCCCACCAUAUACAUAUUUUCUGAGGUCUGUAACCAGGUCAUUUUUCGCAUACUUAACAUUUUGUAUUUCCUCCCUCCCCCCCUCCCAGGACCUGUGUUAAAGGUUACCCCGUCUAUCAGGCCCUGAGUAUCCCCCAACCCCUCUACCCCGAACAAACCCUUUAACUAACUUAAGCCUAGUUACCUAACAUAUGCGUGAUGUGGUGUGGCGACCAGAUAUGUAUACAGCUAUAAUGGAGGAAAGGUGAAGGUCCGACUCAGCGCCCCAGGGCCCUAAUAUCGCUCCACGGCGAAGGUCAGUGCCUCUAAGUCCUAAGGGCAAGGGAUGAGUAUGUGGAAUUAAUCCAAGGAGACCAUAUCUUCUCGUAUUUGGUAAGGGCGUUAAAUUUCAUGUAGACAUAACGUUCUUUUAUUAGAGUAUCGUUUACCAAACCUUUAAAAGCAUGUAUCGUGGGAGGUCGCGGGGCCAUCCACGUCCGCGCGAUGCACACCUUUGCAAGGGCGCACAUGCUGCGGGCGUAUAAGUCUUCCCAGCGGGACCCAGAAUCGGGGUCUCCCACCCCCAGAAUGCAGAAUUUCGGAGUCAGCAAGCUUCUCUGUAUCCCCGUAUGUUCCAGAAUCGACCCGACCCCAGCCCAGAGCACCUGCAGCAGCGGGCAUUCCCAUGUAAGGUGCCAGAAUGUGCCUCCGGCAUCCCCGCACUUGGGGCAAGCACCAGCGCUAUCUGUCCUAAAUCUGGCCAGCCUGCUCGGAGUCAUGUAUGAUCUAUGUAGAAUAAAAAGCUGUAUCUGUUGAAACCGCAGCGAUUUGGUGACCUGACUCGGGUUACCCAGGGCGCCCUCCCAGUCCUCCCCGUCCAUGGGACCUACGUCACUCUCCCAUCUCUCCCUAAGGCUUGAGAGCGGGUCUGCAUGUGUCGUUUGAAGGAGAUACGAGUAGGUGGAGGAGAUCACCUUAACUCGGCCCAGUGAAUGUAGAAAUGCUUUCAUGGGGAAGGGGAAAAGCGUUGGGGAAGAAUCUGCGAAUUGCGCCUGCAGGGCAUGCCUCAGUUGUAAGAAUCUAUAGAAGUGGGAAUUCGGGAGACCAAACUCCUCUUUCAAUUGCUGGAAUGAUUUUAACGUGCCAUUGCUGUAUAGCUGGGACACCGAAACUAUCAAGUACGGAGCCCAUACCUCCUCACCCCCCAGGGACCCCAGUUCACUAAGAGAUCUGGAGUGCCACAGAGAGGUGUCCGGGUCCGUUCCCUCAUACCCAAGUAGGACCUUCAAUGCCAACCAUAUCUUCAGAGCCUGGAAGACAAUUGGAGGUGAGAGUCUGGAAGGGUUACCCCCCGCCAAAACCUGUGCCGGGGAAAGACUUGGGUGGUAGCAGCUAAGGAACGCCCGGCCUAUUUCAUCUUCCUCCCCUCCUCGGAGCCACGUGCCAAUGUGUGAUAGCUGAGCAGCGUAAUAAUACAGUUGGAAGUGGGGUAAUGCCAGGCCACCGUCCCUUUUUUGUCUGGUAAGGGUGGAUAGUUUUAUUCUGGAUCUUCUAUUGGCCCAUAUCAAGGACGUCAGGACACUAUUUAAUUUUCUGAAGAACGCUGGGAAUAUGUAAACGGGGGACUGCAAUAGAACAUACAAAAGCUUGGGCAACACUACCAUUUUAAUGAGGCCGACUCUACCCGUCAUUGUCAGUGGCAGCUUGCACCAAGCUCUCGAUUUGCGCACAACCAUCUGUAUCACAGGGUCAAGGUUUAAGGGCACGAAGUCCGAUGGGUCGUUGGUGACCAGGAUCCCAAGGUACUUAAACUGGGCUGUCCAACACAGCGGCAAGGAUAUUUUCGGAGUCUGGGGGGGGGGGCCUAUAACGGGCAUGAUAAACGACUUGGUCCAGUUUAUGCGGAGACCCGAGUACCUACCGAAGGUCUCUAUGACCUGCAACACAAUGGGCAUAUCCACCGCGUAGUCUCGAAGGAAUAGCAACAGGUCAUCCGCAUAAAGGGCCAAUUUAUCAGUGCAGGGACCCGUACUGAUUCCCUCAAUGUCCGGGUGUGACCUAAUCAAACAGGCCAGGGGUUCCAUGGCUAUGGCAAACAGGGCGGGAGAGAGAGGACAUCCCUGUCUGGUGCCUCGCGUCAAAGGGAAUGAGGAGGAAAUGUAUCCAUUCACCAGGACCCUGGCGCGUGGAUUUUGGUAUAACAGUUUGACCCAUUGUAUAAAGUUAGGGCCAAAGCCCAUACUCCCCAUAACUCCCCACAGGUAUGGCCACUCAACACUAUCAAAAGCCUUGGCCGCGUCCAAUGAGACCACGACCUCGUCUGAAGGGAAAUCAUGAGGAGCCUGCAGAAUAGUGUACAGCCUGCGCAAAUUAAUGGACGUGGAUUUCCCUGGCAUGAAGCCCGUUUGAUCGGGGUGGAUUAUGGAUUCAAUUACUGUGUUUAUACGGACCGCAAGAAUUUUCGCUAGGAUCUUAGCGUCUGUGGGAAUAAGGGAGAUCGGCCUGUAUGACUCCAAGAGUUCAGGGUCCUUGCCAGGUUUUGGAAGCAUUAUUAGAAUAGCCUCGGACAUUGAGGGAGGGAGGCAGUCAGCGGCGUAUAUGUUGACAUACAUGUCUAGUAGUUGAGGUCCAAAAAACUUAAUGUACUGUUUGUAUAGUUCCGUGGGAAUACCGUCACUACCCGGGGAUUUGCCACUAGGAGCCGCCUCGAUCGCCGACAUCACCUCCUCCAGGGUCAGAGGCGCGUCCAGGGCGUCCCUAGCCUCAGGGGAAAGUUUAGAAAGGGGGAUAUUUGUCAAGUAGAGGUCUAGCUCCUCCCCGGAGCAUGUCAGUUGACUGUUGUAUACCUCCCUAAAGUAACAGAGGAGUAGCUGUGCAAUGUCGGGGGUGUUAUCUGUAAUGGAGCCGUCAGCGCCGAGCAGCUGCGCUAUCGUGGUCCCAGGCCUGUCGUAGUGCACCAGGUGGGCCAGCAGGCUACCUGGUCUGUCCGCCUGCAUGUAUAUAUUAUUGGCCCUGAACAGGAGGGAGGCGUAUACCGAUUUUAACUGCACUACUCACCAUCCAGCGCCGUCAUUCUCCCAUCUAAACAUUCACCACAGUUGUUGGAUGUGUAACAGCAGGAGAGAAUGUGCUAGUGCAUGCUGGGUAACUUUUUUUUGUACAUAGUAAAAGGACUCCACAUAGAAUGUAAAUAUACUAACUGGGCUUGUAAUAAAAUAUAUUGAGGGGGUCUGUAUGGAUGAACCAGAUAACAUGGACCAUAGCAUUACACAAUGAUUGGUUUAAUGAGGCCCCUGAUGUAUCUGUAGGGUGACCAGAAAAGAUGAGAAUUGCUCAAAGCAUAAGGCUGUCAUAGAAACAAAGCUGUUUUGAAUGUUGAACUUUAUUAAAAAGAAAAAAAUA